AUGCAGUUUACACAUCUGCCGUGGACAAAACAAGAAUUGCUUGGUGUAGAUGACCGCACACCGUUUAGACUGUUCAGAAGUGAAUAACUGAGCACAUGGGUUUUGACAGAAUGAUGAUUUUGGCAUUGGUCCUGUUUUGUGGUAUUCGUCAAUAUGGAACUCUGGGGAUGUCUCUAAAUGGCUUUGGAAGUUCUGAGUGGACAGAUAAUACAGGACUCUCGCUGCCUGCCAGGGUUCGAGGGAGCACUGUGGUGACAAAAAGAGAGUUUGAGGGGCUUCAUUUACCUGACGACCAGAAUCUGUGUUACCUUUUAAAAGAGAAAGAAGACGAAAGACAGAUUAUCUGCCAAAACCGGCUAACUCGGAGUAAAUUUAAUUUCAACCCGUUUGGGCUUCGUUUUGGAAAGCGAAACAAUGGUUACAGAUCCCAAAUCGGUAUUACAAAAUCCAGACCGAAAAAACUGUCAAUUUUAUUUAAUAUCAAAUAAUUGGUCGUACCCCCACCUGAACAUAAUUUCGAUCAAGGUUGUCUAACAAACGUGUCUGCCUACUUUCCUUGUAGGUUGUUGGGCUAUUCUGAAUGUAUCCAGCUAAAGUAUUUUAGUAAUAUAGUACAUAUUUACCUGUAUUUAAGUUUUCAUACCUGUCGUCUCAUUUUAAUUAUUACACUCUAAAAGAGGGAAGCGUAAUGUUGAAACGAUGUAUGUUGCAGCAGUGAAAAUGUUAACCCUUGAUUUUUGAUGUUUUUAAUGCAAGAGCCAGAAACCAUACAAUGUUGCAGUGCUUGUGUGAUUAAAUAUUGUGCUGCCAAAUAAAUAAUGACAAUUCUCACAUCAGGAUGUUAUUGCAUGUUUAUGCAUAUAUUUAUUAAGUUACUCGUCCAAUUGUCAACACAAUUCUUAACACCAAUGACAGCUCGUUUUCAAAACAAAAACUCAAGGUGAGGACAUUUUCAUAUCCACCUUGGCCCUCUCCCUUUGACAAAGACGUGGAAACACAGGGGUUGGGCCUCCCUCCACUUCCCCCGCCGGCCAGGACUUCCCCCUCCCCAAGGGGGAGCAGACAGGAGGACGAGGGUCCUAUGUAUCCCUACAGGGCGGAGUUAAAAGAACGUGCUCAAGUGCAAGUGAGUGAAGAGAGGAGCCCAAACACUACUUUCUAUUUGAUCGUACGUAGAAUAGCUGCAACACAGGAAAACAGACCACAGGUAAUGGAUGCUAUACGCGCUUUACCCUAGUCACACCGAAAUCAGCAUGUUACACUUCACUAGACGGCCACCUCAUCCUACUGAGGAUGGUGUGUGUGUGGGGGAGGGGGGGGUGACAGGAGUGCAUCAGUUGUGGAAGAAAAAGUAAGGAGUGUUAGGGGAUCUUGUCAAGAUGAUUUAGCUAGAGAGGAUGUUAGACUCAAGAGGGAGGAAGGAAUGACUGAUGGACAGA